CGCCACCUCUGCGGCGUAGGAACCGCCAGCGUUCCGAAGUCGGGGCGACCAGCCAAAAGGCCGGCGGAGCCGCGCUGGGCUGCCUAGGCGCAGCUGAGCCGGUGGCCUAGCCUGCCAGGCCGACGGGUCUGGCCCAACCUGGCGCCGAGGUGUUCGUGUGCUGAAGAGACGCGGAGGAUCGAGGCGGCGCGGCCUGAGUGAAAGAAAAAUAUUCGCCGGGCGCUGUGACUCACACCUGUAAUCCCAGCACUUUAGGAGGCCGAGGCGGGCGGAUCACGAGUGAAACUCAAUGGAAAAAGCAUGACAUUUAGAAGCAGAGGACUUAGCUUCAAAUCCCUGCUCCUUCACUUACUAAUUUUGUGAUUUGGAUGGAGUUUUGCUGUGUCACCCAGGCUGGAGUGAAGUGGGGCCAUCUCUGCUCAUUGCAACCUCUGCCUCCUGGGUUCAGGCAAUUCUCCUACUUCAGCCUCCUGAGUAGCUGGGAUUACAGGUGCCCAACACCAUGCCUAGCUAAUUUUUGUAUUUUUAGUAGAGAUGGGGUUCAUUAUAUAGGCCGGGAUGAUCUGGAACUCCUGACCUCAGAUGAUCCGCCUGCCUCGGCUUUUCAAACUGCCUGGAUUACAGGCGUCAGCCACCUGCCCAGCAAAUAGCUACUCAAGAUGUUGAUGUUGCGGACUUGGCUAGUGCAAGCCUUGUUUAUUUUCCUCACCACUGAAUCUAUAGGUGAACUUCUAGAUCCAUGUGGUCAUAUCAGUCCUGAAUCUCCAGUUGUACAACUUCAUUCUAAUUUCACUGCAGUUUGUGUGCUAAAGGAAAAAUGUAUGGAUUAUUUUCAUGUAAAUGCGAAUUACAUUUUCUGGAAAACAAACCAUUUUACUAUUCCUAAGGAACAAUAUACUAUCAUAAACAGAACAGCAUCCAGUGUCACCUUUACAGAUAUAGCUUCAUUAAAUAUUCAGCUCACUUGCAACAUUCUGACAUUUGGACAGAUUGAACAGAAUGUUUAUGGAAUCACAGUAAUUUCAGGCUUACCUCCAGAAAAACCUGAAAAUUUGAGUUGCAUUGUUAACGAGGGAAAGAGAAUGAUGUGUCAGUGGGAUCCUGGAAGGGAAACACACUUGGAGACAAACUUCACUUUAAAAUCUGAAUGGGCAACACACAAGUUUCCUGAUUGCAUAGCAAAACGUGACAACCCUACCUCAUGCACUGUUGAUUAUUCUACUGUGUAUUUUGUCAACAUUGAAGUCUGGGUAGAAGCAGAGAAUGCGCUUGGGAAUGUUACAUCGGAUCAUAUCAAUUUUGAUCCUGUAUAUAAAGUGAAGCCCAAUCCACCACAUAAUUUAUCAGUGAUCAAUUCAGAGGAACUGUCUAGUAUCUUAAAACUGACAUGGACCAACCCAGGUAUUAAGAGUGUAAUAACACUAAAAUAUAACAUUCAAUAUAGGACCAAAGAUGCCUCAACUUGGAGCCAGAUUCCUCCUGAAGAUACAGCAUCCACCCGAUCUUCAUUCACUGUCCAGGACCUUAAACCUUUCACAGAAUAUGUGUUUAGGAUUCGCUGUAUGAAGGAAGAUGGUAAGGGAUACUGGAGUGACUGGAGUGAAGAAGCAAGUGGGAUCACCUAUGAAGAUAGACCAUCUAAAGCACCAAGUUUCUGGUAUAAAAUAGAUCCAUCCCAUACUCAUGGCUAUAGAACUGUACAACUCUUGUGGAAGACAUUGCCUCCUUUUGAAGCCAAUGGAAAAAUCUUGGAUUAUGAAGUGACUCUCACAAGAUGGAAAUCACGUUUACAAGAUUACAUAGUUAAUGACACAAAGCUGACAGUAAAUCUUACAAAUGAUCGCUAUGUAGCAACCCUAACAGCAAGAAAUCUUGUUGGCAAAUCAGAUGCAGCUGUUUUAACUAUUCCUGCCUGUGACUUUCAAGCUACUCGCCCUGUAAUGGAUCUUAAAGCAUUCCCCAAAGAUAACAUGCUUUGGGUAGAAUGGACUACUCCAAGGGAAUCUGUAAAGAAAUAUGUACUUGAGUGGUGUGUGUUAUCAGAUAAAUCACCCUGUAUCACAGACUGGCAACAAGAAGAUGGCACCGUGCAUCGCACCUAUUUAAGAGGGAACUUAGCAGAGAGCAAAUGCUAUUUGAUAACAGUUACUCCAGUAUAUGCUGAUGGACCAGGAAGUCCUGAAUCCAUAAAGGCAUACCUUAAACAAGCCCCACCUUCCAAAGGACCUACUGUUCGGACAAAAAAAGUAGGGAAAAAUGAAGCGGUUUUAGAGUGGGACCAACUUCCUGUUGAUGUUCAGAAUGGAUUUAUCAGAAAUUACACUAUAUUUUAUAGAACCAUCAUUGGAAAUGAAACCGCUGUGAAUGUGGAUUCUUCCCACACAGAAUAUACAUUGUCCUCUUUGACUAGUGACACAUUGUACAUGGUUCGAAUGGCAGCAUACACAGAUGAAGGUGGGAAGGAUGGUCCAGAAUUCACUUUUACUACACCAAAGUUUGCUCAAGGAGAAAUUGAAGCCAUAGUUGUGCCUGUUUGCUUAGCAUUCCUAUUGACAACUCUUCUGGGAGUGUUGUUCUGCUUUAAUAAGCGAGACCUAAUUAAAAAACACAUCUGGCCUAAUGUUCCCGAUCCUUCAAAGAGUCAUAUUGCCCAGUGGUCACCUCACACUCCUCCAAGGCACAAUUUUAAUUCAAAAGAUCAAAUGUAUUCAGAUGGCAAUUUCACUGAUGUAAGUGUUGUGGAAAUAGAAGCAAAUGACAAAAAGCCUUUUCCAGAAGAUCUGAAAUCACUGGACCUAUUCAAAAAGGAAAAAAUUAAUACUGAAGGACACAGCAGUGGUAUUGGGGGGUCUUCAUGCAUGUCAUCUUCUAGGCCAAGCAUUUCUAGCAGUGAUGAAAAUGAGUCUUCACAAAAUACUUCGAGCACUGUCCAGUAUUCUACUGUGGUACACAGUGGCUACAGACACCAAGUUCCAUCAGUCCAAGUAUUCUCAAGAUCCGAGUCCACCCAGCCCUUGUUAGAUUCAGAGGAGCGGCCAGAAGAUCUUCAAUUAGUAGAUCAUGUAGAUGGUGGUGAUGGCAUUUUGCCCAGGCAACAGUACUUCAAACAGAACUGCAGUCAGCAUGAAUCCAGUCCAGAUAUUUCACAUUUUGAAAAAGUUUCAUCAGUCAAUGAGGAAGAUUUUGUUAGACUUAAACAACAGAUUUCAGAUCAUAUUUCACAAUCCUGUGGAUCUGGGCAAAUGAAAAUGUUUCAGGAAGUUUCUGCAGCAGAUGCUUUUGGUCCAGGUACUGAGGGACAAGUAGAAAGAUUGGAAACAGUUGGGAUGGAGGCUGCUAUUGAUGAAGGAAUGCCUAAAAGUUACUUACCACAGACUGUACGGCAAGGUGGCUACAUGCCUCAGUGAAGGACUAGCGGUUCCUGUUACACUUCAGCAGUACCUGUAAGAGUAAAGCUAAAAUUAUUUUAUCUGUGAAUUCAGAUUUUAAAGUCUUCACUCUGUGAAAAUGAUCAUUUGCCCUUAAGGACAAAAAUGAACUGAACUUUUACAUGAGCUAUUUCUAUUCCGGAAUAUCUGGGAUUCUACUUUAAGCACUACAUAAACUGACUUUAUCCUCAGACUAGCUAAAUAAUUUUGUGCUGUUUCAGGAUGUUUGCACUGAAGAAAAAUAGAAAGCUUACCUGAAAUUUAUGAAGUAAAACUUUUUGUUUUGCUACAUAGAAAACAGAAGGUAUUUAAAUAAUAAGCAGGAAUAUGCUUAGUGAGCACAGCUAUACUGAUUUUGAUUAGAAUAGUCAUCAAAGUGGCUUAGGGACAGUUAAUAUAAAAGAGGAGCAAGGUCUAGAUCAUCUACUUCAGCUAAAGUAACUUAAAAAGAGGUCCAUAGGCCAAAACUAUAUGAGCCCCAUUUUCAUAAUCUGACAAAAAAAAGGGAGUAGCCUCGUGUAUAUCAGUGGACACAAUAUUCUGUAGGUCCCUUCUGUUGGUAGUGAUGCUGCCAGUUAUUACUGGAGAAAAGGAAUUCUAGAGCGUUAACUUGGCAGAUUACAUUUUUUAUUCAAUAAUCAGUAAUCUUACUAGUUUUCAAAAAUUUGCUUAUUAUUGACAACUUCUUUGAAGAUCCAUUUUACAAACUCAACAGAGUGCCAUGACAAGAGCUACGGGUCCCCCAAACUAUCUCAAGCAUUGAAAAAAUUGCUAUUUUUAAAGGCUAAAAUUGUUAAUGUUUAUAUAUAACAUCAUUGACCUUUCUUAAGUCUUCAGAGAAUUGGGUACAUGAAGUACUUUAUUCAGCAUAUAUCUUCAGCUUAAAUUGUGUUUUGAGUAUUUUUUUAGGCAAAGAUUAAAAUUUUUUUUAGUAAAUGUUUGAAGCAAACUAAGCGGACUUGGGCAAUGUUUACCAAAACAAAACAGAACCCCCAAAAAUGUACAUCUUGAUCUUAGCAAAUAUCCUUAUUGUAAUACACACUUAAUAAAGAGGUGGUAUUUUAAUAUCUGCAGUUCUGAGGUAGGGUGGAACUUAGUUCUACAUUGUAAUUUAGGCAUUUUUUAAACCUUCUUUCUUCAGGGAAGAAGUGGCCCAGGCCUUGAGUUUAGCACUGAAGCCACUAGUGUGCUUACGCUGUCCCCUAAUCACCACAUGUGACAUGAAGGCUGAGGCUAACUAUAGGGGCUAAGAAAGUAAGAGGAAAUUAACAAGUGUUAUUAGUUAUUGACUACUGCUAUCAAGUAAAUUCAGAGGAAACAGGUUUUUCAGCCAUAUUUAAGUUACAAAAACCAGGCAGGCUUAGAAUAGUUUCUAGAGGUUAUUGGAGAAUAAAAAGCUAAGAAAACUUGGUAUACAUUUAUAAUUGAAAUAUAAUUACACUUUUUACUCUCAGAAUAUUAUUCAUAUUACACUUCCUGUUUAUCUUUUAUAUUCUUACAUUUAUAUAAUGCCUGAUCCUUUCAAAGUUCUUUCACACAUAUGAUCUUUAUGAAACAAAGUAGAUGCUUUAUUCUGAUAUAUCCAGUUUCCCACUUCAGGCAAAAGUAGAUUAAUAGAAUGACGAAUUCAAAGUAGAUGAGGAAAAUCAGGCACAGAGAAGUAUAGGGAUAGAGAGACCCAAAUUCACACAAAAAGAUAAUGGCAUCGCCACCGUUUAAAUUGAUCAUCAAAGGCUGGGCUGGAUUUGUCUUGCUGUGUGUGUCAGGAAAUUUAUACCUUUUCCAUUUUCUUAAAAUAAGUCACAUGAUUGUAAUGUUCAGCUGCAGCUUUUCUCAUAACAGUGUCAUGAAGAAUAUUGUAGUGUGAAGUUUGUACAUUUCAGGAUCAGUUAUACAGCAUGAACUCAUGAUGCAAGGAAAUGAGAAUGAAGGAUCAUUGAAGGCCAUGAUAGAAACAAAUUUGCAUGUUGAAGCCUGUAUAAAACAUGGUAGAGUGAGUGAAUGCCCCCAUCCCCAAGAGCACUUUAUAUAUAUUAAAUGGAUAUAUGAUUACUGUGCAAAAGUUCAUUCUGGAAAUGAAUAUAUAUUUUAGCACUAAUAUGUAAUGUACAUUUUCUGCCGUAAGGAGAAAAUAAAUCAUAAAACUUGUUUCACAUUCAAAAUUACUUUCCCGAGCAUGUCUUACAAUAAUCUAUGUGUUGAUGCAUGUAAAUUGUAUUUUAGGUAGGCAAAUCUGGUUUAUUGAUGUAAAAACUAGUCUAAUAAAGUUAGUUGCUUUAUCACUUUAAAUCUUCAGUGUCUAAAGUGUUGUUUAAAGUAAUACUACUGGCACAUCAGAAAACCUUUUGUGGACAAAACUAGUUCACUUACUGCUUCUGCAGUUGCUCCCUUUAGGGUUAAAAAAAAAAGGACCCAAAUGUCACAUGUACUGAUAUUAUAAUGUCAGUUACUGUUGUCUGUGGUUACCCACCCUCAUCUCUCAAAGGGAUAAUAUUGAAUAAUUACUAGAAAACUUAAAACUUCACACUUUAUAGCAUUAAAACCUAAAAUUUUAAUACUAUUUUUUUUUAGUAUGGAUUAAUCAGCUCUCGGGAACAUACUCAACAUUUGAGUAACAGCAGGGGAAAAAAGCAGUACGUUCUAUGUUAAUAUCUCUUCUCUACCUGAUUGUUCAUUUAAUUUCGGCCUUAUUCUUGAUAAGGGAUUUUACCACAUGAAGUCAUCUAAUGACCCUAGCUCUUAAUGUGAAGUUAAAGAUUAGUUAAGUAUACUUACAAAACAUUUAUUAAAGCUCAUAUUUAAAGUAGAGCAUCUAGUAUGAGAAAUGGAAAUCAGACAAUUAAAAAUGUCUUUUUUCUACCCACUUAACUAGUUAAAACCAUGACAUGUAAAUGUAGAAGUAGAAUAAUCAUAGAAUUCCCUAAAAUAUUUCUGUUUACUGACACAUCAAGUAAAUCAAGCAGGAGAGAUUGUCCUUCAUUCUGUUGUAGUCCACAUCAUACUAAUUUUGCUCAGUUGUUAUUAAGAGCAUAUUCCUAAACCAUACACUUCUGUUUCAAUGGAGUUUUAUUUUGUUGAGAUGAGUAAAAUAUCCAAGUUAUAAGCUGCAUAAGACAAAAACUCAAUUGUUCAAAAAAAUUUACUGGGAUAUCUUUCUAUUAUAGGUAUUGUUAGAUUAUAUUACUCAGAUAAGAUUACUUUCUAAAAAAAUGUUUGUACUUUACUGUAAAUUAAAAGACUAUGGAGUAAUAAAGUGGCAAGUGUUUUAGGGUUAGCCUAAAAUGGGGCAUUGUCAUAGAUUUUAAAGAAGGUCUGAAUUAGCAGGCUUACAGCCUAAUUCUUCUUUGGACUGGUCCUCCUUGGCAGCAGUUCCUUUUCAGACUUAAACAGAAUUCAGACAGAUAAAAGUCAAAACAAAACUUUACAAAGCCAAGUGUAUUAUCUUUUAAUCUGUUUUUUUUCCAUCAUACAUGCUACUAGUAUGUGCAUCAGUAUGAUAGUCUCAUAUACAUUGCAUUAAAAAUUAAAAGGUGGCAGCGCAGGGUGAGCUCUUCUGUUAUUCAUUUGUUCUUUUUUUUUGAGAUGGAGUUUCGCUCUUGUUGCCGAGGGUGGUGUGCAGUGGCACGACCUCGGCUCACCACAACCUUCCACCUCCUGGGUUCAAGCAAUUCUCCUGCCUCAGCCUCCCGAGUAGCCGGGAUUACAGACAUGCGCCACCACACCUGGCUAAUUUUGUAUUUUUAGUAGAAAUGGGGUUUCACCAUGUUGGUCAGGCUAGUCUCGAACUCCUGACCUCAGGUGAUCUGCCCACCUUGGCCUCCCAAAGUGCUGGGAUUACAGGCAUGAGCUACCAUGCCUGUCCUGCUCCUAAAGGUUUUUCAGUCAGUAUACAAACUGGUUAGUUUAACUUCAUUACCCAUUUUAUUAAAGUUGAUGGAUCGUGAUGAGGUGCAUUUAAGGCCAAAAGCGAAAGAUGUUUUUUUAUCUCUUGAACACAAGCUUUGUGUUCAAGGUUUCAAAUGCUGGUACAUUAAUACCAUAAUGUGAUGUGUCAGAAACAAAGGGAUAUUUUAAAGGUAGAUAUUUGAAAAUUCUCUAGUCUCAAUGUAUGUGUGUAUUGAUUAUACCCUAAAAAUGUGCAAUUUGCUAGUAGGACAAUGCAGUGAUUAGCAUUAGGUAUGUCUCUUUUUUAUAUUCUAGCUAUGUCCCAUUUUCUUCUAAGUGCAAUCCUUUCAUGUUCACUUGCUGUGUUACCCCAUCUACUCUAACUUCAUUUGGAAGCCUUGUCUAGAGGAUAGUAUGUAUUUUUACCUUUGCAAUGAAUUGCAUGUGCUAAUUGUAACCACAGCUAUCGUUUUUACAUUGACACAACUCCAAAUGUUAUCUUAAAUGUUCUAUUAUAUAUCAGCUCUAAUCCUUUAAGUAAAUUUUAAUAAAUUCUUGUUCAGA